AUGAGGAAUUCUUCUAAUAACGGAAGUGACCACGGCAGCUUCCCGGAUAGCUAUUGGAAGGAGGGUUGGGCACUUCCUUCCUCAUUCAUACUUCCGUGUUCUCCGGGCUUUCCGUACUCUUGCCCCGUGGCGGUGACUGCCAUUACCAUUGCAUGUUUAGGAAUCAUCGGAAAUAUAGCGGUGAUGGUCUCAAUAGUAAGACAAAAACUCCACCGGAAGACCGCACACAUGUCCAUUUUGGUUUUAGCCGUCACCGACCUGAUGUGUCUCUUUGUUAUUCUUGUAAGGGAAUGUGUCUAUUUUCCGAACGAUUACUAUCUGGCGGAAAAAUAUGGUUUCUCUGUCAGCUUCUGCAUCGGAUUCUUUGUUUGGAAUAACACGCCCUAUUUGAGUUCCUGCUGGAAUGUCGUAUUUCUGGCGUAUGAGAGGUAUGUACUGGUCACUAAGCCGAUGGUAUAUAGAGUCAGCCACACUGCAAAAUCCCUGGUCAUCAGAGCCGUCGUCACUUUCAUCCUCGUCACUGUCGUCAACCUUGUCUACGCCCUAAUGAUCGUUCAGACUGGUAUUUCGAAAUGCCCAGAGUUCGUACUUCAACCGAAGCAUUAUGGGUUCAUAACCGUUCCCACAAUAUCUGUCUCCGUCUUCUUGUUGAUAUUUUUUCACUGCUCCAAGGUAUCCAAACUCAAACAUCAUUCAGAGUUUGAAGGACGGCAUUUGAGAAAUCUUCAGCAUAACCCGCAGAUGACGACCACCGUAUACAUUAUAGUGAUCAUUUACAUCGUGUCACAGAUUCCCUACCUCAUCUUUGAUGUGAUGUCGAUUUUGGAUUCGCUCAAACUGAUUGGAUGGCCGUUCGAAUUUGACAACGUCCUUCUCCACAUCAGCAUCAUAGUAUUUCUGACUAAUUAUGCCAUCGAUCCUUAUAUAUAUUGGAUGACUCCCCUUGCAUGUAUGAGCAAACACAGGCCUAUUGAGCGCGGAGAAACGACACGUAGCCGUAACUUGGGCACUGUGUCAGGUGGUUUCAAUAUCUGAUCCUUUUACGUUUUCUCGACUUGUGAAUUUUCCAAAAAAUAUCAA